UCGAGCCACAGGACAGCCGCAGGCCGCAGCCACCCAAUAAAUACGUAUGAGCGCCAUAACCACCCCAUACUGACUACUAAUGGUCAAGCAACACCCAUAUACCUUCAACCCUAAUCUACCCCAAUUGCUGGCCGACGCUGGCCUGUUAUAGCCGCUUGUUCCGAGGUUCCGCCUCUCGUACUCACACUUCACACCCACCAGAUUCAGAUUCUGGGAUCCUAUAUUGUGUUGCCCUCGAGAGAGUGAUCGCCUCAUCUUCACGCCCAACGACGGUGGUGAAAGGACACGUCAACCGCCACACCAGUUGCCAGCUCGUAUCGGACCCGCAGAGAGAAAUUCUAUCCACGGUGAUCAGAACUCGCAAAGAUGAUCGCUCCCUUGCGUCUGUGCGCCCGCAGGUCGGCCGUCGCAUCGGCCGCACCAGUCUCCAUGCGUGCGCUCUCUGGUUCUGCCGUCCGCCUUUCCUCCGCGGGGAGUUGCAACUACAAGAACAUCAUCGUCUCGGACGUUGCAGAUGGAAAAGUCCGCUUGAUCACGCUCAACAGGCCCAAGGCGCUCAAUGCGCUCAACUCGGAGCUCUUCCACGAGCUCAACGAUGCAACCGACAAGGCGGACAAUGACCCGGCUGUCGGCGCGAUCGUCCUCACGGGCAGCGACAAGGCCUUCGCUGCCGGCGCGGACAUUAAGGAAAUGAAGGACAAGCAGUAUGGUGAGGCAUACAAGAACAACUUCCUUGGCCAUUGGACAAAGAUAUCUUCAAUCCGAAAGCCCAUCAUUGCAGCUGUCAGCGGGUAUGCGCUUGGAGGCGGAUGCGAGCUUGCGAUGAUGUGCGACAUCAUCCUCGCUGCUCCAAACGCCAACUUUGGUCAACCGGAGAUCAACCUCGGCGUAAUUCCGGGUGCAGGCGGCUCGCAGCGUCUUACUAAGGCAAUCGGCAAGUCGCUCGCCAUGGAGAUCAUCCUGACGGGACGCAACGUCACUGCAGAGGAGGCCGUCGCGCACGGUCUCGCGAGCCGCAUCGUCAAGGAGGGCAGCGUCGUCGAUGAGGCGGUGAAAGUUGGCGCGACGAUCGCAAAGAAGGGCCAGAUCGCCGUGCAGGCUGGCAAGGAGGCCGUCAAUGCUUCUUACGAGUUGUCACUCAACGAAGGCCUCCGAUUUGAGAGGAGACUGUUCCAAGGCCUGUUCGCGACCAAGGACCAAAAGGAGGGGAUGUCCGCCUUUGCGGAGAAGCGCAAGGCUCUUUUCACCAAUGAGUAGAACAGCGAACACCAUAGCGUGUAAAACAGGACCCGCACAUAGCCAAUAGUUGUACCAAUUCGAAAGGCACAUAUACUCAAUUCCCAAGUAGCGGAAGCAGGAG